AUGAGCCAUUCAAUGGAGUCUGCAACUCAGAUCGAAAAGUGGACAAAGGAAGAAGUUCAUCAGUGGUUGACGACGCAGGUUAACAUUCACAACAUAUAUGCAGACAAGUUGCUAGAAGAGGAGGUAUCAGGGGAAGACCUAGAAUACUUCCAAAAGAAGGAUCUUCUGGAUCUGAACAUAAAACAUGGUCCCGCUGUUAAAAUUGUGUCUAUGCUUGAGGAUUUGAAGAGUGGAUUACAGCAUAAAUCACAAUUUCCUGCAUACAUCAAGAAAUGGACACAAGAACAAGUUUGUCAGUGGUUAAGGGAAGAAGUGAAGGUAUACCACAAACAUGUAGAGCGGCUUUUUGAAGAGGAAGUGUCAGGCGAUUGCCUAUUUUGCUUCAAAAAGAAUGAUCUUGUGGAACUAGGCAUAAAACAUGGUCCUGCUGUUAAAAUAAUUGGUAUGCUAGAAAAGUUAAACAGUGGACCAGAGCCUAUAUUACAACCCCCCUCACACAUCAACGUUGACCAAGGAAAUCUCCAAAAACCACCUGAGAAGCAAGUAGAAUUAUGUCAAGCUCUACCGGUUCUGACUGUAUCCCCCAUGAAGAGAGAACCAAACACAGAAGAGCCCAAAAUAGUGAAACCACCAGGGAAAACGGUUACACGAAAGAAGGAAGAACCAAAACCACAGGUCAUGGGUGCAGAAAUGUUACCGCCCAAGGUAGGGGUUGUGUAGCAUCUCUCUUAUUUAAUGAGGUGUGCUUCACACACACACACAACAUACUGUAAGUGCUUGCUUAGUAAAGUAGGUUAUAUUUGCAAAUUAAACACAACAAUACAGAUAUGUGGCAGCAAACAAUUACAAUUUUGAUUGUGUUCUAGGCCAAAGAAAACACAUUUCAAACUAACCCUAUUUAAUUCCCACAGAGCUCAAGCACACCAAGUUCACUUACAUUGCUCCAGAAUACCCUCGACGACUUACAGCAGGGCGAGUUUAAACGGUUUAAGUCUUGUCUGAAAGACCUACAUCUGAACGGAUGUAGACCGAUUGCACGGAGUCACUUGGAAGACAGCAAGACCCGCACAGACGUAGCGGACUCGAUGACAAAGCACUAUGAGGAAGAGGCAUUAAAUGUCACUCUUCAGAUUCUAGAGAGAAUCAGACACAAUGAACUGGCUGCCCGUCUUAGAAGGGAUAUGGGUAAGUGAAACAAGAUUGCAUUCAGUCAAAUUAGUCUUUGAAUCUCAAUCACAGCCAGAUAACAUUGGACCUGUAUUAUUACAAUAUAACUGUUUUUAGGUUCAAAAGUCAUAAUUAUCAGUUUGACACAAAGAAGACCACCAGUAAUAUUUGUUAGGAUCACCAGUAAUUGAUUUCGUUUUGCAAUUAUUUCUUCAGGUCUACAAAAGGUGACCGCACAGGACCCCAAAAAGGAUUUGAGGAGAGAGACCAAUCAGGGUGAUACAUUGAAGAACUUGUUAACUUGUGGAAGAAAUAUGAUGGACUACUAUAAUCGAUUUGUUGUUGUUGUAAACAAGAGUCUUACUGAGCAACUAGAACAUCUUCAGUUUCUGAGCAAGUUGAAAUUGUUCUGUGUACUGGACUUUGAUCCUAACUCUGCAGCUCCUGGUGGCGUAUGCAGUUCAUACAGAGAAUCAAGAGUGGCAAAUCUCCAUCUCCCAGCCCAAUUCCAAGGUGAAACAAAUGUUGUGAUAAAGAAUCUCAACCUGUAUAAGCAGACCAGCUGGGUGUUUUGUAAUGGGAGGCAUGAUCUUGACAAUGAAUCGGAUAGACAGCUGGACUACAAAGACUGGUUAAGGGGAAAACGCAGAGAGAUAGAGCAUAUGGUUUCAUUCAUUUGUAAACCUGAAGUUCUUCCAGAUGGAAAAACUCUUGUUAUAUUUAUUUUGCUCUCACCUGUAACUGAUAGAGAUCCUGUCUUUGAUACUUUCAUGGCAUUCUACUCGCAUGCUGGGGAUAGCAUUGUGCAUAUUUGUGAAUCUAGGAGCACAUUUGAGAAAUGGAAAGACUUGAUACAGGAGAAAUGUGACGUUGACAUCACCAGGCAAUCAAUAUCUGAGUUAACGCUAGGUGAAGUCAAUGGCACUAUAAUGUCACUUGGACCACACAAUCAGCCACCAGGAAGACUCCUUCCAUCUUCUGACUCCAGCACUGUUGUUCUCCAACAAAAGGAUGAAGACCGCAUGACAGCUCUACACAUUUUGUGUCAGAAUGAAUGUGAAAAAGUCUAUGAUGAAAAUAGCAAAGAGUUUCAAGACUUCAAAAUCAAAGUUGAAGAGGAAUUCUACAGAGGGGGUAAAGUCAACUGGUGGAACUUCUAUUUUUGUGAAAAACCCAAAGCAAAGCCUUUCAUUAGAAGAGAUAAAUAUGACAAUCUGAAAAAGAUUGUGAAAUAUCAAGAUCCCAAAACCACAUGUGUUUUGCUGAAUUUGUUUCACCACCCAGGUUGCGGAGGAACAACGUUAGCCAUGCAUGUUAUGUGGGAUCUACGCAGAGAAUUCAGAUGUGCUGUGUUGAAGGACAAUACAUUACCAAAAGCUGAAGUGGCUUUUCAAGUCAAAAACCUAAUGAGGCUCGGGAGCCAGAAAUCUACACCAGUUCUGCUGUUAGUAGAUGACUCAAAGGAAGCAGAGAACACACAAACUCUCCAGAACUGCAUUCGCCAAGCUGUUGAAGAGGAAAACACAAGCAGAACUGUAGAAGAUUCAUCAAACUCAAAAGUCAUUAUUAUGAGUUGUGUUCGUUGCCAUAACCCUGAGGACCAGUUCAAACACUGCUCAACAAACAGACAGCAGAUCACUGCUAAACUGACAAAAAAGGAACAAGAUGAUUUUGAGGAAAAACUUGUGGAACUUAAAGAAAGUCAUGAAAAACCUGAAAACUUCUACAGUUUUAUGAUCAUGAAGAGUAACUUUGACAAGAAGUACAUAGCUGAUGUUGUGAGCAACACUCUGAAGGACUUGGACAUGAGCACAAAGAAAGCUCAACUCCUUGCCUUCUUAGCACUGUUGAACUCAUAUGAUGCGGAAUCAGACAUAUCUAUGUCUCUCUGUGAGGAAUUUUUGGGGAUGAAAAGUUUGCAAAUGGCUUACUGGGGAGAAGAUUGUGUACUUGACAGAAUGGAGCCUUACUCCAAUUUGCUAAAACAAUUAAAUGUUGAGGAUCGUGGAGGAUACAAAGCAAUUCGAAUCCUUCAUCAUGAUAUAGCAUCUGCAUGUCUUGAAGAGUUGGACAGAUGCUACAAAAUUAAACGGAGUGAAAUAACCUUGGACAUGCUGCACUGUGAUACAUUGUUCAAAACCUGUGUAGUAAAAGACACCCUCAUGCUAACAAUUCAACGUGUGCUAGUUGAAAGGCAGCGCAAAAAAGUGGGAGCGACUCAUUUUUCUCCAUUGAUAGAAAAAAUUCACAGUCAAGAGGGAGGACAAAACAUCCAAGACAUCUUUGUGAAAGCAUCUUCCCGGUUUGUUACAAGGGCAUCUAUUCCUCAAGCUCUUGCAAGAUAUCUCUACCUCUAUGAGCAAGAUUUUCCCCAAGCACUCAUUUGGGCAGAAAAUGCCAUGAGAGUGAAAGAAAACUCAUACACAGCUGAUACAGUUGGACAGGUUUACAAAAGUAAUCUUAAACAUAAUAUUCAGAGUGAAAAACUAAAUACUCCACUCAAGCCAAAGGACUUUGAGACUAACCUAAAUAUAGCACAAAAAGCCUCAAAGGCCUUUCAAAUGGCUCAAAAGCUGGCCACAAAGAAUGAAACAGAAGAGCAAACUGAUGAAAAUCUCACAAAAACACCCUACAACACCUCUGGUUAUGUGGGAGAGAUGGAAACUACACUGACAGUCUUUGAAAUGAUAAGCAACUUGCCAUUCUUUGAAGGUACUGAUCCAGUGAAAAGGAUGUACAUGCAGAGCUUUCUGAAAGGAACACUACCCAUCAAACAUGUGCCUAAAGAAGAUAAUGAAAUCAACAGUAGAUAUGUUGAUAUUAUCGAAGAACAUACACAAUUUCUCCUUGCUUUGAAACCUCAGGUCAAGAAAGUUUUUGAAUUUUUCAAUGGUUACUUCACAUACAUAAAAGGAAACAAUACAGGAGAGCUUGAAUCAUUUAAUCAGAAGAAAAUCUCAGAUCAUUUCACCAGAUACAUAACACUGGUCUGCUCUUCCCCAGCGGAAAUAUUUAAAGAACGAGCGGACAAACCUGAACUCAGAUUAAACGUGGAUAUUGAAGAGCGUAGGACGUUUCUGGAGGAAAAUAAUGCAGACACCUUUGCAGGGAUACUUGCAAAGUUACAUCUAGGGAUCCAUCAAAAGAUAGACAAGACUGCAGAGGAAGUGGAAAAAAUCACAGAAUGCUACACAUUCUUGCGCCAUAAUUCAGUGCAAAAUAGAAAAGUAGAAACCAAUUUCAUUUUGGUAAAUAUAAUUCUCCACACACUGAAGCCAAGAUCUAAACAUGUGAAGAGACACAAUGAACUCAGUGAUAUUCUUAUGAAAACAUUGCAAGAUAUAGGAAUGCAACAUCCCUUCCCAGAGCCAUACUAUCUGGCUUUGUUGUUGCUUUGGCCAAGUUCAAAUGCAGAAGAGACUGAUAUAAGGACAUAUGUGAACUCACUUGGGAAAUCAUCUCACAGGCAAAUGUCCUAUUUGUUGAGAAAGAGCAGCACCAUUGCUCACUUCUACUUGGGUCCAAAAAAAGGAUUACAAAGACUUGUUACUAAACCCAAACUUGAUGAGUGUUUUGCAGGCGUACCACGUGCUGAUUUGGCCCAACUUUGGAGGAGUGGAGGCAUUUUUAAGGAGCGGGAAAUCAUUGACCGUCUCUAUAGGGUCAAUGGAACCGUUGAGCGAUCAGAGCUUUAUGCCAAUUAUGGCAAACUCAAAAUCCCAGUGCGGCCAGCCUAUCUGGGUGGAAUAAGAAGUGGUUACAGUACAGAAAAGGUGUCCUUCUUCUUAGGAUUUGCCAUAGAUGGACCACUUGCAUACGAUAUCAAGUAUGAAUAG